CUGAGUUGCGAAUGCUUUCAUUGUUUUGAUGGACUUUUCUGCUAUGCAGAGACUCUCCACUCUCCAGUUUUGCAUUGAACAGGCGUGAAUUUGCGUGGAAAUUUUUGUUGUGAUUAAUGUCUGUCAUCAGACAUUUCAAAAUGACGAAAGUAUUUCAUAACGCAUCCAUAAAGGAUUACGAGAUUGGUCGUCCGCUGGGUCGUGGCGCUUUUGGACGGGUGUAUCUGGCUCGCACCAAGAAGGAGCAGUUUAUCGUGGCGCUGAAGGUGCUGUUCAAGAAGAGCCUGCUGGAGAACCAUGUGGAGCAGAAUUUGCGACGGGAAAUUGAGAUCAACGCCCGCAUCAAACAUCCCAAUAUCCUGCAGAUGUACGGCUGCUUUUGGGAUAACGUGAGUGUCUAUCUGGUUUUGGAAUACGCGCCCAAUGGGGAACUGUUCAAGCGGCUGAUGCGGAUGGGCCAUUUCAAUGAGCCUGAUAGUGCCUCGUAUGUAGCGGAAUUAUGUGAAGCUUUGAUCUACUGCCACAGCCGCAACAUUAUCCACCGUGAUAUCAAACCGGAGAAUCUGCUGCUGGGCGGGUAUGGUGAGUUGAAGCUGGCGGAUUUCGGGUGGUCAGCGCAUGCCCCAUCCUCCAAACGCCGUACCGUCUGCGGCACCACGGACUAUCUGGCGCCGGAGCUGGUCAAGCGCGUGCCGUACGAUGCCAGCAUUGAUAUCUGGUGCACCGGGAUCCUACUGUACGAAUUCAUGGUGGGCAGUCCGCCGUUCGAGACCAAACCCCACGGGAAGGUCCGCAGUGAGCAGGAGCUUAUAAAGGAGACUCACAAUAAAAUUCGCACCUGUAAAUACCAGAUUCCAGAGUAUGUCCCGGCUGAUCCGGCUCGCCUUAUUACCGCGAUGUUGAAGGAAGAAGGAAAAGAUCGUUUGCCACUGGAAACUUUACUUAAGGAUGUGUGGAUUAAAAAAAAUCGUCUGCUGCGUGACAAGGUUGUUUUUGACGACGAGAACAAAGAGGAGAAAAAGGCCGCCAGGGAUGCCGCUGAGGACCUUGAUAGCACACUGGAGAGUGAUGUGUAGUCGGCUGCGCCUGUGAGAUGUCUCAUAAGAUUCUGUAUUUUCUGCUUUUUUUGAAGCGGAAACGUUUUCUGGUCUCUGAAUUUUUUGUGAAUGCGUUUUGUAAAUAUGUGGUUCACUGGCUGCAAUGUGUGCCGAAGGGUUUAAAUCUUUUAUGUGUUGUAUUGGUACGUACGUGUAGUUCGAUUGGUUUGGAUCGUUUUCAUGGAAUUGUUUCGGUACUGUAUUUCUUUAUGUGCUUCAGUAGUGUAUUUCUUUAUACAACAAUUAAGUCACUUACUCCGUUGAGACGGAAAUAUCCGAUCAGUUGUGAA